UCGCUCUCUGGACAGGCUGAAAUGGCGUUGCAGUAGCGCUAGUCUGGAUGUUGUUCAAAACUCUUCCGAUUCCUGCUAUAACACCUGCGGGUUUUUCCGCUCUCUGCGCCUGGGACCCAUAGUCUCGGAAGCCCCCCGACCCCCCAGAACACAAUACAUGCUCGGAAAAAUCGAAUUGGCAACUUUUGGAGAAUAAUUCGCUUCCUUUGUAUAGGCCGCGUCGAAACCUCGGCGCUCGUUAACGGAGGCAGAGCGCCUACGAGUGCGCGGCUCCCCGCAGCUGUGAAAAUUUGGACCCUGCAUGUGCUGUACCAUGGUGAAGUCGAUGUCCUGGCUGUGAUGGUGUUUGUUGCUGAAACCCAGCUGAAUUCGAGUCCAACACACCUGCAUAUAGCAUUUACCCCUGCUUUCACCGUCUAGUUUUGUAUAACACAUUUCAAUUCUUUGUAGAAGUCUGUGUCAGUGUAGCCUAAGACAUAUUUGAUGCUGUCUCACAGAGCGGACCAAGGGCAGUUUUAACUUCUGUGGUUUACAGGGUAAUUAAGUGUAGCAAGAUCUUGUGGGAGGCAGAAAAAAUCACACACAGUCCUAGGUCAGUUGUCCCGGUGUUUCCAGGAUGGCAUCGGUACCUGUGUACUGCUUGUGUCGACUGCCCUAUGAUGUCACUCGUUUCAUGAUUGAGUGUGACAUCUGUCAGGACUGGUUCCAUGGAAGUUGUGUAGGUGUGGAGGAAGAGAAAGCCACAGAAAUCGACCUGUAUCACUGUCCCAACUGUCAGGUCACACAUGGCCCUUCCAUUAUGCGGAAGCGCAGGGGGAGUCACAGACAGACAGAAUCCUCAGGGGGAGGUAGAGACACAAGCCGUCCAGUGAAGACCGGCAGUGCUCAGUUUGUCAGAGAGCUACGUAGCCGCACUUUCCCAAGUGCGGAUGAGGUGCUCCUGAAACCGACAGGAGCACAGCUGACGGUGGAGUUCCUAGAGGAGCGCUCCUUCAGCGUCCCCGUGCUUGUGCAUCGGAAAGACGGCCUGGGCAUGAGCUUGCCCCCCCCAUCCUUCUCUGUCUCUGACGUGGAGCACUACAUAGGUGGGGACAAAGAGAUCGACGUGAUAGAUGUAUGCCGGCAGGCGGAUGUGAAGAUGCGGUUGGGGGAAUUUGUUCAGUACUACAACAGUCCUAACAGAGACCGGGUCCUCAAUGUUAUCAGCCUGGAGUUCUCUGAGACCAGACUGUCUAACCUAGUGGAAACGCCGAAGAUCGUGCGCAAGCUGUCAUGGGUAGAGAACCUGUGGCCGGAGGAGUCUGUGUUUGAGAGGCCCAAUGUGCAGAAAUACUGCCUGAUGGGAGUGAAGGACAGCUACACAGACUUCCACAUUGACUUCGGGGGCACAUCUGUGUGGUACCACGUGCUGCGGGGAGAGAAGAUAUUCUACCUCAUCAGGCCCAGCCCAGCCAACCUGGCCCUGUUUGAGCACUGGAGCUCCUCAUCCAAUCAGAAUGAGCUCUUCUUUGGUGACCAGGUGGACAUGUGCUACAAAUGUGCUGUCAAGCAGGGAAACACCCUGUUCAUACCUACAGGGUGGAUUCACGCAGUUUUGACCCCAGUUGACUGCCUGGCAUUCGGGGGCAACUUCUUGCACAGCCUCAACAUUGACAUGCAGCUCCGAGCAUAUGAGAUCGAGAAGAGAUUGAGCACAGCCGACCUCUUCAAGUUCCCUAACUUUGAAACUGUUUGCUGGUACGUGGGGAAGCACCUGUUGGACACAUUCAGAGGUUUGCGGGAGAAUCGCAGGCAUCCUGCUACCUACCUGGUCCAUGGGGCAAAGGCUCUGAAUAACGCCUUCCGUAGUUGGACACGCAAAGAGGCCCUGUCUGAGCAUGAGGAGGAAAUUCCUGAGACCAUAAAAACCCAGCAGCUGAUUAAAGACCUGGCCAAGGAGAUCCGCUUGGUGGAGGACAUCUUCCAACAAAACAUGGGAAAGACCGGGGCUCCUUUUGGGGGCUCCCGGGUCAUCCCCUCCACCCACUCCAGCACUUCUCUGACUGCCCCUCACACCCCGGGGCGCCCCCCGGGCCGGAAGAGAGGCCCAAAACCCAGAGAAGGGGGAGCAGGGCUGCCUGAUGUCAAGAAGAGGAGCAGGAAAGGCAAGACUGGGGCGGGAGAGCUGGACCUGCUGGAGAUUCACACCAAGCACACCCUGAAGAAGCACCAACCUGGAGGCAAAGGCAGGAGCAAGAUGGAGGUUCCAGCUGCCUGCCUUGAUGACCUGGAUGGGGAGCUCAACAAGAGCAAGCUGAAGCUGGUGCUGACCAAUGGCAAAACACUGGGGAAAAAGGGGGGUCGCUCAGCCAACAGUGACAGGGCAGGGAGUAUGCCCCAGUUCCAGCCCUUGAUUGGCCAGGUGGAGGAUAUAGGAGGGACAGCAUUCUCUGACUUUGAAUCAGAGGAUGAGCUACAGAUUGAUGAGACCCCACCACCUCGGCGCAGAGUAAAGGCACAGAACAAGAAGAAGCUUACUGGUCUGCCACGAAAACUGCCCAGAGCCAAGCCCUGCUCAGACCCUCAUCGGGUGCGGGAACCUGGAGAGGUGGACUUUGAUAUUGAGGAGGACUACAGUACCGAUGAGGACUCUCUGACUUUACAAGGUGUGAAAGGGGGUGCUGGGGGAAUUCUGGACCUGCUGAAGGCCAGCAAACAGGUGGCUGGUCUGGACUCUGCUCUUAGCGAGGAUGCCCCAGCUUCCCCGAGCACACGGGACGCCAUACAGGGCAUGCUCUCCAUGGCCAACCCCCCUUCCUCGGCAUCCUCAUCCUCUUCCUCGCUCUCUGUCUCAGGAAGCACAAGCAAAGGGCUGGGCAGAGCAAAAGAAAAAGGGGGAGCACCCUCUUGGUGGGCAGGGGGGGGCCAGAGGAAAGGGAGUGCUCCUGAAAAGAAAAGCACCACCCAGCGGCCCGGGAAACGGCCAAUCAAACGGCCGGCCCGUCACUUGAGCGACGAUGGGGAGGACAGUGUAGAUGAGCAGGAAACCCUGGGCACCUGCUUCAAGGAUUCGGACUACAUCUAUCCCUCUCUGGAGUCAGAUGAGGAAGACCAUGCCAUCAAGUCCAAGAUGAAGAGGAAGAAGAACUCGGAUGACAUACCAUGGAAUCCUAAAGCCCGUGUGACCCCCACCCUGCCCAAACAGGAGCGCCCCCUUCGGGAGGGGGCGAGGGUGGCAUCUGUGGAGACUGGCCUUGCUGCAGCUGCUGCCAAACUGGCCCAGCAGGAGCAACAGAAAACUACCAAGAGAAAAUACACCAAAAAGCGCCCCCCUGGUUCAAAUGCUCAUCAGCUCCAACCUCCAUCAGUUCCCUCCCCUGGGUCCCCACUGCCACAGCCUGACCCCCCCUCUGACUCUGGGGUGGAGGAGAGGAGGGUGGAGUCUUUCUCCGCCAGCCUGUUGGACCAUGAAUACACGGCAGGGCCGGGGCCAUUUGGACAAGGGGGCCCUAGAGGGUCAGGAGCCAUGGCCCCAGGGGUGUUCCUCUCUUCCAGACGGCCGUCGCUUUCCCCCCAGAACAGCAGCGGCCUCUCCCCCUCCUCCCACUCUCCUGCUGCAGGGGCCAGUGCAGGAGCAGGGCAAGGGAAGCGUCUGAAGAAGGGGCUGGCUACAGCAAAGCAGAGGCUGGGGAAAAUCCUCAAGAUUCACCGCAAUGGCAAACUCCUUCUGUGAGGGCUGGGGAGAGAGGUCUUUAUGUGGAAGAGGGGAGAGGGACAGAAGGGGCAGAGUUUAUAUUAAAGUGGGUGGGGUGGUGACAGUGACAAGGGUUUCUUUUUUACAUUAAUGAAGGAGGAGCAAGGAGAGGGAGGGGUUAUGAAAGUAACUCUGUGUGUGUGUGUGUGGGGGGGGGUUUGGGGUGGUAAUAAACGUGUGUGUGGCAGGGAGAUUGAGGUUUUAUUUAGAAUAAUAGGCAAAGGAACAGAGUAAAGGGCUGAAAGAUUAGACAGGGUAAAAUCAGUCGGGGAGAAAAAAAAAGAGGGUUUCAAAGGAAAAGGGAGAGUUGAAUGUAGGCUUGUUUGUUUUAUUCAGGUAAAGAUCUCAUUCCAUCCCUCAUCCCUCAUCCUUUCCUGUAUUAUGUCCCUCAAAUGGCACUCUUGCAUUCUCCAUCCCUCCCUGCCCAAUACCCAGAAUCCUCACCACCUUUCCAUCUUUAUGCCUCGAAGAAAGAGUCAUGGUAGUUGAGCAGUUUGACUUUCUAAAGGAAACAAUGACCUGGAAUUUUUGCUGGGAGGUGAUAUUACUGAGUAAAGUGUAGUGUUAGUUGCAAUGGCCAAACACGUAGGAGUUUGCUUCAACAAGAGUAUAGUAGGCCCUGAGAAAGGUCUCAGAAACACAAAUAAUGCAAAGUGAGUUUGUGAAAUGGCAUUAUUUGUCAAUGAAAAAAAACAUCAGACUGUAUAAUGUUUUAGCAAAAUAUUAUGUAAUUUUCUUUAUAUGCUGAAAAUCAUUUGUUACGUGCAUUAACCUGGUCAUUUGUUAAGGAGAGAAAGGUAGCCUGUGUGUAAAUGGCUGGUUAUUCUUAGAUGGAGGCACCUGUUGGUCUGGCUGUGUUUGAAUGUAUGCCACUGGAAGGUAUAAAAUUGCCACAGAAGCAGUGAACAGGAUAAAAUGUACAAAUUUAAUAACUGGAGAGUAACGUUCAACACCCUGUCGGCUCUCUGGCUAGCAAGAAUAUGAUCAAUAAGGCAGCUACUCAUGAUGCUGUGGCUAUGUAAAGCUAUCUGCCAGUACUUCAUGCAACGGCGCCACUACACACUGCUUGAAUAUUGUCCAGCCAAAAACAUUAUGUUCUCUCUCUCUCUUGCUCACUCACCUGCUCUUUGUCUGACUCUUUCUCAGUAUUGUUGUGUCUUUCUGUUGUAAUUUUAUCUUUCAUAAAGCUCCUCAUGGUGCUGGUGAUGCACAGGCUUCAGAGUACUGUGGGGUGACAGGGUUAGAGGAGAUGAAGGAUGAGUAGACCUUCCAAGACCGUGAACUGAUGUAACUGUAAUAUCUCAUUAUUCUGACAGCGCUGAGUGAGUGAGAAGUGUACCACUGGGAGAAGACAGUGUGCAUGUUUGUGCACAUGCGUGUGUGAGACGUAUAGCCUGUGUGAGAGCUAGAGGGACUGGGAGUUUGAAUGUAUAAUGUUUGAAAGGGAAAAUUGUGGAAGGGCGGAGAACUAAACUCAGUGCUGACUUCAUUUCUAUUGGGUUUUGUAUCCAGCUGGUUUCUAUGUAUGGUGUAAUGUUUCGUACAGCAUACACCUGUACGUGUUUACUAACGGUCAUGGGCUGACAUCUGUCUCCUCUCCCCUCUCAUCUCCUUUAUUUGCUUCCACCUUUUUUGUCUUUUUCUCUCUGCCUAUUUAUCUCCAAUAUCCCUUUUCACCCCAUGAAAACCUUGAUUCCUCUAAACUGGGCCUGCUGGAGGGCCUCAGUCCCACAGGUUCCAGCACUCUUGAAACACUCUCACAUGUGGCAGAACUGGCAGUUAUGGCCAUAAUUAUCUGAAUUGAGUACUGAAGUGUAUAAAGUGUACAAGAACCAGGGCCCUCCUGCUUGAUGGUGUUGACUCUGUGUAGAUUUAAGUUAAUUUUCCUGUUGAAUAUCAUAAAAAGAAUAGAGGCAGGAAGCAGAAGUCCCCUUGUAGACCUGAAUUACCCUGCACGUUUAAAAGCUAAUUAGUGUUACUAUCUCCAUUGUUUGCUUUUUCCAAUUAUGUUUUAAAGUUUUUUGCUGCAUAACUUGAUUUUAAUUAUGUUUUUAGACAUAGUAUUUCUGUGUUCACCAAUAACACAAAGCAGACUUGUAGAUGUCUUGAAUUUUUCCUGUUCUGGCUUUGACUGCCUACCAUCAGCUUAAUUAAACUAUGGAAUUUGGUGUAAUAUAGACAUUAACCAGCAGGGGAUUAUAGCA